AAUCCGACCAAGUCAAAUUCAUGUCUGUCAAAACCAGUUUGCUUCUUUCUUUGUUUUCGCUUAUUAUAUCCAUAUGCGAUGAAUCCUUCCUCUCAACUGCUUCUCUAUUUUAUCUCUUUUGUUUCUCUCCCGCCAUUCAUUCUCACUACUCUUUCUUUGUAGAAUGUGUUUUGAUUUCCUCUGCACGCUCCUUUUACUUUCAUUUUUCUCAAUCUAACUGAGGAGGAAUUUCGUUGUGUUUUGGCAAUGGAUUUUUUCAUCGCCGAAAGGGCGAAUUUCGUGGAGAAGAUCAUUCUGGCUAGUCUGUUUGCAACUAUACUUCUCAUGUCUGACGCUCAACUUCUGCCUCAAUCUGAAGUUGAAGUUCUUCAAACAAUAUCCUCAAAGCUACACAACACUUAUUGGAACUAUCUUAAUCGAAGCUCUUGCAGUGGUGGAUUUAACGUCACCAUUUGGGGGAGCGAUGUAUACAGCGGCAUAGCAUGCAACUGUUCCUUUAACAGCAGUACCGAAUGCCAUGUAACUCACAUCCAAAUGAAGGGUCUCAACAUGACUGGAACUUUGCCUGAGGAGUUUGUAAAUCUCACCCAUCUGCAAGAAAUAGAUUUCUCCCGAAAUUACCUUAAUGGAUCAAUUCCUACAGCAUUUGGCCAGCUUCAAAUAGUCAAACUGUCACUUCUUGGAAAUCGUAUUAGUGGUAGAAUCCCAGCUGAAAUUGGAGACAUUGCUACUCUAGAAGAGCUGAUUUUGGAAGAUAAUCUGCUCGAAGGAAAUCUGCCAGAAAACCUUGGAAGUUUAAGUAAUUUGAAGAGGCUCCUGCUUUCUGCGAAUAAUCUCAAUGGAACUAUACCGGUGCAAUUUAGAAAUCUAAGGAACUUGACAGAUUUUAGGAUAGAUGGGAACAGCCUGUCAGGGAAAUUGCCUGAUUUUAUUGGAAACUGGACCCAAAUUACGAGACUAGACAUGCAAGGCACAUCGAUGGAGGGUCCUAUUCCUGCAGCAAUAUCCCAGUUGAAAAACUUGACAGAAUUGAGGAUAACUGAUGUCAAAGGAACUUCCAUGACUUUCCCCAAUUUGCAGAACUUGACAGAAAUUCGAUAUUUGAUCUUAAGAAAUUGCUCAAUUACUGAUUCUAUUCCAUUAUACUUAGGAGACAUGACUGAACUAGACACUCUAGACCUCAGUUUCAAUAUGUUGAAUGGUGAAAUCCCAGGCAGACUCCAAGACCUAACAAGGCUGAGAUACUUGUUUUUGUCUCACAACUUGCUAACUGGAGCGAUACCUGGUUGGAUCUUGAACAGCAGGCAAUUUAUGGAUCUAUCUUACAACAAUUUCACACAAUACCCUGAAGUUGGCUGCCAGUUUUCCACUGUAAAUUUAGUUGCAAGUCAUUCAACUUCAUCUAGCAAUUCGAACUUGUGGUGUUUGCAACCAGACCUUCCAUGUGCCAGGAACGCCAACCAUCACUCACUAUUCAUAAAUUGUGGAGGAGGAAGAGUUAGCUUUGAAGGAAAUGAAUACGAUGAGAACUCAAUUGAUGCAGGUCCGGCACACUUUGAAUCUAAUGAUAGAUGGGGAUAUAGCAGCACAGGGAUUUACAUGGGAAAUGACAGAGGGAGAUUUGUUGCAAGAAAUGAUACUCCACUGUCAUCCGUGGAUGCAGCAAUUUAUGAGACAGCUCGUCUUUCCCCUUCUUCACUAAAGUAUUAUGGACGUUGCAUGCGCAGAGGUAGCUAUAAAGUGCGUCUUCAUUUUGCUGAGAUAAUGUAUUCUGAUAACUCCAACUUUAGCAGCCUUGGAAGAAGGAUAUUUGAUGUGUCAAUACAAGGUCAGGUGGUUUUGACAGACUUUAAUAUCGCGGAGCAAGCUAAGGGUGUUAGGAAAGGUAUUGUUAGAGAAUUUGAUGUCCUUGUGAAUGGUAGCACCUUGGAGAUCCAUUUGUACUGGACUGGAAAGGGGACAACAGCCAUUCCUGACAGAGGUGUAUAUGGACCUCUGAUAUCUGCAAUUUCUGUGACGCCUAAUUUUGAUGUUAGUACAGGGGGGCUAUCUACUGGCGCUAUUAUUGGAAUAGUUAUUUCUUCAAUUGUUGUCGUUGUGCUGUUGCUUUUAUUUGUUCUUUGGUGGAGAGGGUGUUUCGGAGAAAAAGACGUUGAAGAUAGUGAACUUCGUGGACUUGAUCUACAAACUGGGAAGUUCACUUUAAGACAAAUGAAAGCUGCUACAAAUAACUUUGAUAAUUCUAACAAGAUCGGUGAAGGAGGAUUUGGGUCUGUCUAUAAGGGGACCCUGUCCGAUGGCACAGUAAUUGCAGUUAAGCAGCUCUCAUCUAAGUCAAAACAAGGAAAUCGUGAAUUUGUCACUGAGAUCGGCAUGAUAUCUGCUCUGGAACAUCCCAACCUUGUUAGGCUCUUUGGCUGUUGCAUAGAAGCAAACCAAUUGCUACUGAUUUACGAAUACCUGGAGAACAAUUGUCUUGCUCGAGCACUCUUUGGUACUCCGCAACAAAGAUUGAACCUCAACUGGUCAACAAGAAAGAAGAUAUGUAUAGGAAUUGCUAAGGGGCUAGCAUAUCUCCACGAAGAAUCAAGGCUGAAAAUCGUCCAUAGAGACAUAAAGGCUACAAAUGUUCUUCUUGAUAAAGAUCUAAAUGCCAAGAUAUCUGAUUUUGGUUUGGCAAAGCUUGAUGAAGAGGAGAAUACUCAUAUUAGCACACGUAUUGCUGGAACUAUAGGUUAUAUGGCACCUGAGUAUGCGAUGAGGGGGUAUCUCACAGACAAAGCUGAUGUAUACAGCUUUGGAAUCGUGCUGCUGGAAACUGUCAGUGGCAAGAGCAAUACUAAUUAUAGGCCGAAAGAGGAGUUUGUGUACCUUCUUGAUUGGGCAUACGUGCUACACGAGCAAGGAAGUCUUCUGGAGCUUGUGGACCCAAGUCUUGGUUCAGACUACUCGAAAAAGGAGGCACUUCGGAUGCUGAACUUGGCGCUGCUGUGCGCUAACCCCUCCCCGACUCUGAGACCUUCGAUGAGCUCGGCAGUGAGCAUGCUCGAAGGCAAAAUCCCAGUUCAAGCACCAGUUGUAAAGCAGAGUGGAACGAACGAGGACAUGAGGUUCAAAGCAUUCGAAAUACUGUCGCAGGAUAGCCAAAGCCGUGCAUCGACAUUGUCUCAUGAUAGCAGGGAGCAGAGAGGUGUUUCAAUGGAUGGACCAUGGAUUGAUACCUCAGUCUCCCACUCCACCAAUAAAGAUGAAAGUCAAGAUCAUUCUUCAGGAGCUAGGCUUCUUCCCUGAUUGAUCUGUUUGUUGAUCAAGAGUCCAAGACAUAUAUUUAUAUUUGCCUCCCUGUUUUACCAGUCUCUCUCUCUUGGUUUUUUUAAUUCUUUCUUUCUUUUUGUGUGUCUCAAUGUGGAGAGGAUAUAUGUUUCAAGUGUGAGUUUCAUGGACCAACUUUCCUUGAUACUAUAUGGUUCCAAGCAUGUAUAGCUUUUUAUUGGGAAAAUAAAAGAUGUUUCAAUUGUAUUUCGUA